CCACCUCUCUCCUCGCCGUCCUCCCUUGCUUACCUUCUCUUGCUGCUCAUCGUCUAGAUAUACAAAAUGCAUAGACUACCAGUCAAACGACUGUCUCUUGCACGAAGGCUAGCAACAUCGGCAGGUUCAUUGCAUGGGAGUGCACUUGACCCCUCAGUGCAGAUUACGACGCUUCCCAACCAAGUGCGAGUGACGACCGAAGAAUCGCCAGGUCACUUUCACUCUAUUGGCGUCUACGUGGAUGCUGGGUCGAGAUACGAGAAUGAGAGGUUGUGUGGAGUGAGUCAUACGCUCGACAGGAUGGCAUACAAGAGCACUACAGCACACUCUGCACUGGACACGUCCGCCAUCCUCGACGCAACCGGCAUACAGCUCACUUGUUCCUCGUCCAGAGAGGCGAUGAUGUACCAAUCCACGCAUUUUCCUGCCGACCUCUCCACCGCUCUAUCCCUCAUCGCUUCCACCCUGCAUCAACCCCUCUUCCUCCCGCAAGAGCUAGAGGAGCAAAAGGAGGCAGCAGCAUACGAGAUCCGCGAGAUCACCGCAAAACCCGACCUCAUCCUCCCCGAACUUGUACACCAGGCUGCCUUCGGCCGGCACACACUCGGUCGUCCACUUCUUUGCCCUGAGGACAGGCUGGAACACAUCACUCCCGAGGUGUUGCGGGAAUACAUUGCCACCUGGGUCAGACCCGAGCGCAUCGUCGUCGCUGGAGCGGGCAUGCCCCAUAGGCAAUUAGUGGAGCUCGCAGAGCAGUACUUCGGAUACAUGCCCUACGUCGAACAGAACGCUGCGCCAACAGUGCGCUUCCCUCCGCCUUCAGUUCAAGCACAUCCGACCCCCCAGUCUCAGCCGCUCACUCCCCCUCCCUCUCCCUCUAUGGGCAGCGCGCCAAACCUAACUGCUCGGCUCUCCACGCUCUCCUCGCCUUCCCCCGUCCCGCCUCCUCGCGAGCCAGCGGUGCACCAACCAUCCACCAUACUCGUCCCGGAUGACACGCUCCCUUUCACGCACCUGCACCUCGCCUUCCCCUCCCUGCCCAUCUCUCACCCUUCCAUCUACGCCCUCGCCGUACUCCAAGUCCUCCUCGGCGGCGGUUCUUCCUUCUCCGCUGGCGGGCCAGGGAAAGGCAUGUAUAGCCGAUGCUACACCCAGAUCCUUAAUCGUCAUCAUUCUGUCGACGCAUGCCAGGCCUUCCACCAUAUCUAUACCGAUGCUGGCCUGUUCGGUGUCGCUGCAAGCAGCACGCAUGCGACAGCCUCUGCGCUGCCCCUUAUCAUGGGCACAUUCCUAGCCCAGCUUAUGCAGCCGGGAAACAUCCAGCCUUCCGAACUGAGCAGGGCGAAGAAUCAGCUCAAAUCGAGCAUCGCAAUGUCCCUCGAGAGCCGAGCAGUACAAGUCGAAGACCUUGGCAGGCAAGUCCAGGUGCAUGGGAGGAGAGUAGGUCCAUGGGAGUUGGACGAGAGGAUCGACGCGGUAGAGAAGGAAGACGUGGAGCGUGUAGCGAGGGAAGUCCUUUCCGGCCAGCUGGGUACAGAGGGAGGUGGGAAAGCAGGCGUGACCGUCGUUGCGAGGGGUAACGUAGACGCUCUGGGAGACGUGAGGGUCGCUCUUGGAAAGUAUGGGGUUGGAAGUGCGCGUGGUACGGGAUCGGGGCUGGGUUGGGGCUCGGGAGGCACGAAGACGGGCGCAAGAAGAUGGUUGCCUGGUCUUUAG